CUGGAUGCCGAGAUCCUGUCCAUGGAACUGUCUAGGAGCCGGCUGCCCAUGGACCCCGUGGACACGGCGGAGUUCUGCCUCUCGCUGGCGCGAAAGCCCGUGUCGAUCUCGUGGCCGAGGCUCCUGGCCAGGAUCCUGGAGCUGCGCGGAAGCAGGGAAGCACUCGUGACCAUGUUCGAGUACCUCAGGGAGAGCGCCUCGAGGUCCACCGUCUUCACGUGGCUGGCUAAUGUGAUGCCCCGAGUCGCCGAGAAGAGCAUAGAGAAGGUGGACCUCGCGGUCGUCUCUGAAGACAUGACGGAAGGGCCCAGCCGCCCGCUCCACGACGUCUGGUGGUCACGGGACGCCAAGCGCCAGUACAACAACACGGCCCAGUGCCUGGAGCGACUGCACCGCCGCCUCGGUCUGCGGCACAGAGCCGAAGGCCGAACGACAGCGGCGCUCAAACGCCGGGACAUGGUGCUCCGCGUCCAGGGCCUGCGGCUGGCCUACGACGCCCUGGUGGAGAGCUUCGGCGUCGCCACCGCCGGCAACGAGUUCCGGCGUCUGUGGCCCGAGGCGCAAGCCGUGUUCUUCGCUCGGUUCUGCCUGCUCUCGUGCGACGUCGACCAGCAGGGUCCCAAACCGGUGCUGUCAUCGCGCGCCAAUUGUCUCCUGCCGCUGCACAACAUGCCGGAGUUCGGGACCGUCUUUGACUGCGUGUCCAGGGAGGACUUCGUAUCCGAGCAAUGUCUGGCCUAAAGGGUGUAUCCCUUUGCAUUCACCGGGAACACUGUAUACAGGCACUAUGUGUUCGAAUCAAUGGAGGCGUGCCUUUCUGCAAGGUUAUGACAAAGCCACGAAGCUCGCUACACACUGUACUCGUAGCAAACCAAAGUGCGAGGAUGACAUUGACGAGAUUCGUUUGUGACGAGUGUGUCUAUUCUGAACAUUAGCGUCGCACAUGUCUUUUCUUGAGACGGCUGGUAUUUUAUAUGACUUCUCUUGCAGAAUGAUCGUGCAGGCUGUGCUUUCUUUUUCUUUUUUUGAUAUUCGCAAAUUGUAAUGUUGCCUUUUGUUGUUACUGUUGUCAUUCGUAAAGUUACUACCGUCAGUGAUGAUGCUAGAAGACAUUGUCGCGGUAACUCAGGCGCCCAAGAUGCGAUCUCUGGUUCAAGGAACUAUUUUGAUCAUUAUGUUUCUAUAAUGGGCGUGAAUGAUGCUACAGCCGGAUGUACAUGUAAGUCGUCUUUGCUGCCUAGGACUGAUAUACACGGACUGAACCACAAAAGCGCUUAUUGAGAUCGUAAUGCAUACUUUAUGCUGUCGCUUGGUGUAAGUGCGCUCACUAUAUUCGUUUUGUUCUGUAUGUUAGUCACGGCAAAUGUAUGUUUCUGUGGAUUAGGAAGACAGUCGCUAGGAUUUUUGGGGGUAAUAUUGAUAUAUGUGAAGAUGAACAUUGUGCGAAUAUCAGUUUUUUCGUUCGAAGCGAGGUCGAAGCGAACAGUUGGAAUAGUGGUGUGAUUUGUCUAAAACCUUGACGAAAGAGCCAGAUGUUUAGAAACCUAGAAAAAAAAAUGUUUCGUUAAUUACUUGCCAAACGGGGAACAGGUUUGUCUCUCGAAUCAGGUUUAUUUUCAAAGUGCUAAUAUACAGAUAUCUUCAUGCAAGAAUGCAAGUUCAAUUUCCAACUCCAGCUGCGCAGAAAGCUUGUUUGCAGGCUCUUCGUCACUGUUGUGCUUCAGUCUACUUAAACUCUUACGGCUGUUGAGGCCGUGACAGCGUGCCGCGUUCACGCGCCAUGCAUUGUCGCAGUGCCGUUAAGUGCGACCUUGACUUCGCGACGCCGGCACUUUACGCUGUGUUGCGCAAAUUCAGCUUGAUACCUUCCAUCUACACGCGAACUUCACCUGUUACAUUAUGUAAGCGCACAUAUUAACUUGGUAGGUGCCCUCGUCGCUAUUGCAGUCCUCAGUCUAGACCGCGCGCAUGAUAUGUGGUCCCAACGGCGACGAGUGCCAGCGUCGCGUCGGUCUUGGCUGUUAGGCCUAACUACGCUGUUUCGCUGGGCGUCAGCCACCGAAGUUACCGUUUUGUGCGACUUCAAAGCAAAUCUAUUCACAACGGCCAUACCGCUCUCGGGAAGCCAUACGGCCUCUUCUAAUAGUAUGUUUAGCUAAUCGAGUAUACGCAGGUCUUUAGUGCGCGAUUACACACACGUAAAAAGUAAAUGGAAAGAAUGGCGGCGUAAUCCGGGUACGGGUUAUAUGAAAAAAAUUACCGACG